UUUUAAGGCAAAAUCAAAUAUCGGUUUUACUAUUAGGCAGCCUCCUAUGUAAAAAACCAAAAUUCACAGUUCAUAAUAAUUCCCAACUGAAAGUCUCUCAAUCUAAAAUUCCAACUCCCAAACGUUUAAAAAGUCUCAAACACUCCGCCAAAAAUGAAGAAUUUUCCAGAAAAACCCCAUUUUUCAUCAACAACAGAAACGACAAUCACAACAACAACAAUUAAAUUUCAAACAGCUGUUGAUGAUUGGGAUAAACCCUUUUCAAACGAAGAAUUGGAAGCCAUUGAAGCAGCUUUUGAAGCUGCAACAUCAGCAAUUUCUGCAACCCCUUCAUAUUCUUCGUCUUCCUUCAAAACCCCGCGUAGCAGUUCCUCAGUUAACAACGACGAUGACCCUAAUGCCCGACCCACGACCCGCCGUCGAUUGCCGGGCUCCAUUUCUUGCUCAAAUGGUGAAUUGGGUUCAUCUCCGAAUUCGAGUUAUUUCGCUCUAACCCCGUGUUCAAGAAAUUGGGCCUUCCACCACCAAGGCAGUGUGAAAAUGAAGUAUCCUGCACUGAAUUUUGGUGGCCGCAUUGUGUAUUCCCGGACGAUGGAGGAGGUAGAGGAAGCUACAUUGGAGAUUUUGAAGUUUCUGGAGGCUAAGAAAUGUAAAACAGGCAGGGCUGUUCUCGGCCUCGACAUUGAAUGGAAACCUAGCUUUGAUCGAGGUAUUCCACAGGGAAAAGCUGCAGUCAUGCAAAUAUGCGGGGAUAUGCAUCAUUGUUAUGUAUUGCAUAUUAUUCAUUCUGGAAUUCCUGGUAGUCUGCAAUCUCUUCUGGAAGAUUCUACAUACAUCAAGGUUGGAGUUGGUAUCGACAAUGAUGCUGUUAAAGUCUUUCACGACCAUAAUGUGUCAAUAAAAUCUUUGGAAGAUCUAUCCAGUCUGGCCAAUCAAAAGCUUGGUGGUGUACCUAAGCAGUGGAGUCUGUCUUCACUGGUCGAAACAUUUACUUGCAAACAACUCUUGAAGCCUAAGAAGAUUAGACUAGGAAAUUGGGAAGAUGAUCCUCUUUCAAAGGCCCAGUUACGGUAUGCAGCAACUGAUGCAUUUGCUUCAUGGUACCUCUAUGAGGUGCUGGAGACCUUCUCAGAUUUACCAGAGAACCAAAAGGAGAACUUAAUCCAAACAUAGCUUCUGGAUUAUAAAGUAUGGCUGAGCUUUGAGAACUGUUGGGAAGUGAGUGGGUUGUCCGUCCAAACCUGAAUCAAGAUGCUACAUCCAGGUCUUUGCUCAAUAUAUAUAUAUAUAUCAGUAGUAUUUUUUUUACGAGUCCUGUAAUUUAUUUGUCCCGGAAGGACUGGCCCCUGCAAGAAGCAAUGGUGAACCCACCCAUCUCAUAGGCAAACCAUAGUCCAACAUUAAUUUUUUUAAAAACCACUAACGCAAUAUUGAAGCCUGGAGAGAUGAAAAUCAAAAUUUCAACCUCGAGGAGGUUGGGAGGUUUGAGCUCCCUUUCGAUUCCCAUAUUUAUCAGUAUCAUUUAACCCUUCAGUGUGAAUCUUGUUAAGAAUGUAUCAGUUGGUCAUGAAAUAUCUGUAACGAACGAACAAUUACUAUCAGAUCACCAGGGAGCGAUCGCUCCCACAGAAGGGAUUGUAAAACACAUCCCAUGUUUGCAUCAACAACUCACUUUGUUUUAAUUCAAUGUAUGUGUUAAUGUGUUAUCCUUAAAUUAAAUGUGCCCUUGAUGGUGCUUAUGACUGUUAUAAAUUUUCUGACUCAGGAUUUCAUCCCCUGAAUUCUGAGGCAAUGUACCAUGUUACGCUACUGUAUAAUCAUAAGGAGCUCCA